AUGGUCGGCAUCUGGGUGGGCAACUUCGCCGCGUUUUUCAAUGAGACGACUGCCACCACAACGAUGCACGCAGCCAGCCAAGAAUUCGCAAAAGAGCAACAAAUGAACUGGAUCGCCACCUCCUACCUCCUCGGCUUCACCGUGACGCAAACCCUGCUCGGCAAGCUCACCGACAUCUUCGGCCGCCAGACCAUGUUCAACAGCACACUUGUCGUUUUCUUCGCCGGCACACUCUGGUGCGCGUUAGCACAAUCCAUGUCCUCGCUGAUCGUCGCGAGAUUGCUGCAAGGCAUCGGGGCAGCGGGUCGUCAGACUGUUGGACUGAUUAUCGUUCUCGACACCACGACCCCGUUGACGCGCGGGACAUGGCUAGGCCUAUUCAACAUGUCGCUAUCGUUCGGGCUCGCGAUUGGGCCAUAUGUUGGCGCGGUGCUGUCCGUGCACACGACCUGGAGAUGGACGUACUGGAUUACUUUGAUGCUGAACGCCAUCACCUUCGGCAUCGCGGUCAUGUUCAUGCGGUUCCCGCCCACCAAGGGUUCCAUCCGGUCGAAAUUACGUGAAGUCGAUUAUGUGGGGUCGGUGUUGGUGGUGGGCAUCGCGGCGUGUAUUUGCAUCGCAAUCGAACUAGGUGGACAGGAAUACACAUGGUCGUCGCCGUUCAUCGUCAUCCUCUUCGUCGCCGCCGCGGUGCUCAUCCCUGUAUUUUGCUACUGGGAACUCUUCCGCGCGCGUCAGCCCGUUGUCGAUCUCCGCCUCUUUAAGCGGUGGAACAUUCCCUUUGCCGUCGUCCUCAACUUUGUCUGCGGCGCCGCGCUGUUCGGCUCCGUGUUCUACUUGCCCAAAUACUUCCUCAACAUCAAGGACGCGUCACUCGAAGCGACUGGAUUACAGAUGCUAGCCCUCAAUGUCGCGGCGGGGAUCUCCUCCGUCGGGGGCAGUCAACUGAUCUCGCGGACGGGACGUGUGCGUCUCAUCGGCGUGCUUGGCGCCGCGCUCGUUUGCGCGGGAUCGGCGGCUAUGCUCGCCGCCAACGAGACCAGCCCCAUCGGCCUCGCGUUGGUGCUCAGCAUCCUCAUGGGCCUUGGCGUCGGCAUCCUCUAUCAGCCCGCGGUGGUCGUCGGGCCUAUGAGCGUGCAACCGCAUGAGGUUGCGGGGAUCAGCGGGUUUCUCAGUUUCAUCCGCACACUAGGUGGAACGUUCGCCACGGCGCUGUUGACGUCCAUCUUCACCACGAUCUUGAAGAAGGACUUGCAGGGCGUGCUACCGGAGGAUGUCCUUGACACCGGGUUGCAGUUGGCGGAUCACCAUGCGCAAUACCCGGAGGAGAACUCAGCCAUUAUUGCGGUGAUGGUGAAGGCCUUCCAUAUCGGUUACGUUCCCGUUAUCGUGUUUUCGGUACUCUACGCCGUGUCCGUGGCUUUGCUUCGGAAUGUGGACUUUGUCGUGAAGCGUACGCCUGCUUCCAGGGUUUGA